AUGUUCGCCCAAGCUCCGAAUCGCAACCCAGACCAGCAUGGCCCGGCGGCAAACAACAGCCAGAAGCAAUGCUCACAGCUGGCCUCGGACUUUUUCAAGGACAGCGUAAAGCGUGCUCGGGAAAGGAACCAAAGACAAACCGAGCUCCAGAAAAAGCUCAGCGAGCUAAACGACAGCCAAGUGAGACAGGCACAAAUGUGGUCCAGCGCCGGUCAGAGAGAAGGGCAAUACCUACGAUUCCUGCGAACCAAGGAUACGCCCGAAAAUUACCAGACAAUAAAGAUCAUUGGCCGUGGGGGCUUUGGCGAGGUCAAGCUGGUGCAAAAGAAAGCCGGCGGUCAGGUCUAUGCGCUGAAAUCUCUAAUCAAAACGGAGAUGGUCUAUAGGGAGCAGCUUGCACACGUGCGGGCUGAACGCGAUAUUCUGGCCGAGGCGGAGAGCCCCUGGGUCGUCAAGCUCUUCACCACCUUUCAAGAUGCGCAUUUUCUCUACAUGCUGAUGGAGUUCCUACCUGGUGGGGAUUUGAUGACGAUGCUGAUAAAAUAUGAAGUUUUCUCUGAAGACGUUACCCGGUUUUAUAUGGCCGAGUGUAUCUUGGCUAUCGAAGCAGUCCACCAACUCGGUUUCAUCCACCGGGACCUCAAGCCUGACAAUAUUCUGCUGGACCAUGGCGGUCACAUCAAGCUGACCGACUUUGGACUCUCCACCGGCUUCCAUCAACUACACGAUAACAGCUACUACCAGCAGCUAAUGGUUUCAACCAAUGCGGAUAAACCCAGAGAUCGCAAUUCCGUUACACUGGACCAAAUCAACCUCACAAUAAGCAAUCGAUCGCAGGUCAACGAAUGGCGUCGCUCGCGGAGGAGAGUCGCGUAUUCCCCAGUCGGGACCCAAGACUACAUUGCGCCCGAGGUCUUUGUUGGUCAAGGGUACUCGUUUAGCUGUGAUUGGUGGUCUCUCGGGGCCAUUGCAUUCGAAUGCUUGGUGGGAUGGGCUCCGUUCUGUGCCGAGAACCGGCAAGACACGUAUCAGAUGAUUGCGAAUUGGCGGGAAUAUUUACAGUUUCCUGACGACAUCCAGCUGAGCCGCGAAGCGGACAGUGUGAUCCGGAGUUUGAUUUGCAACCCCGAAGACCGACUUGGCCGCGGCGGCGCCGAGGAGCUCAAAGCGCAUCCCUUUUUCCGAGGAGUUCAGUUCGACGGCCUGCGUCAGAUCAGGGCCCCGUUCGAGCCGCGCCUGACUUCAAGCAUUGACACGUCCUACUUCCCAACUGACGAAAUUGAUCAGACCGAAAAGCAACCGGCGGAGUCGCUAGAGAUGAGCUUGCCGUUCAUUGGGUACACGUUUAAGCGAUUCGACAACAGUUUUCGCUGA